AUGUUACCGGAUCUCUCGCCCCAUCUUCACACUCAGGAGUGUAAUGUACUCAUUGAGUUUCUGAAAAGGUGCUACGAUGAAAACACUAUAGGCAAAAUGUUUGGUAGAUGCUCAUACUGGGACCAGGCGGUUUGGCAAUGUACAAAAAUGGAACGUAUUUGGCGUAGGGACAACAACCCGAAGUAUAAAAAACACCUGAUCGAAUUGCGAAAUUUGCCCGAAAGUCACUGGACACCAGCGUUGAGAAAAUUGAAAGAGGAAGGGCUCUUACCAGAUCCCACUUCGCGUCAAGGGUGCCCAAUUUGA